UCUCAGACAUCAUAAACACUCGACUAGCUCAACACAGCAGCACACACAACUUCACCUUGACUUACACAUGUCAAGACAUCUUUAUAUGAAUUUGAUGUGACUGUAUAUUACCGGAUCUUCAUUGUGAACCAUACUUUACGACAAUACAAGCACUGGAUAUAACUGAGAACGUUUGUGGAAAUACCUAAUUUGGAUUUCUAUAAUAUCUGAUAUCUCGAAAAGAGACAUUUUAGGAUGGAUGGUUCCUUGCCUAACUCUCCAAGCCUUUCCUCCAGUGAUACGUCCAGUAACGAAGAUGGACUUCGACCAUUUCCAGAUGAAAAAGAUCUUGGAGAAUUCAAGCUGAACAAACCGAUGGACUAUCCAGACUCUCCUCGGUCCCAUUCCUCCGACAGCUCCGGCAGCGACCGAGGCACUCCGAACAGAUUUUACAAAAACAAGAUGAAAGAAACUGCCCAAGAACGUGAAAUCCGCCGAUACCGAACAGCUUUCACCAAAGACCAGCUCAACCGCUUGGAGAAAGAGUUCUUGAAGGAAAACUAUGUAUCCCGCCCUAAGAGGUGCGAACUGGCAGCAUCCCUGGGACUUUCUGAAUCCACUAUUAAGGUUUGGUUCCAAAACCGACGUAUGAAGGACAAACGCCAACGAAUGGCACUCACCUGGCCCUACGGUAUUCCCCCAGAUCCUCAGCUGUAUGCCUACCUUGCAGCCGCCGCCGCUUCAUACCCGUACAAUCUCCAACACCCAGCCGCACUUCCGUAUCCAAGCAUGGGUCUCCCUCAUGGACUCCAGCCCUCAACAAGUUCAGCCUUCACCCCAAUGGCUGUAUCAAGUCCACUUCCGCCCAGACUCGACGUUUUAUCUUCCAUGCCAAGUCCUCUCUACAGACCGAUUCCAAGUCUAGACACUAGUCCGUCCUUCAGCACAUCGCCACCAAGCCUUCAUUUCCCACCCAGAAUGCAUUUUCCUUGGAUGGAGCAUUCUCCCAGCAUAUGUAAUGCGAAUUCAGGAAAACCGUGUACGUGUCCGGCUCCUUCUUUCGGACUUUAUCCCCCACCAGCACCAGGGCUGUUGUCCACCUCCCUCAGUUCGUCACAUCCCCUGUUACAUAAACGGGAAAUGGAGAGUUCGUCGCGGUGAUAAACAAACAAACUUUGUGUGUAUGCUGAGAUAAAAGAGACUAUAUAUGAAUGUUGAUGUGAUUGUUAUAUAAACAUAUGACACAGAGAGUGUGCUUGAUACGUUUUGGAGAAGAAAGUAAUAAUUAUAAAUAUGAUGAGUGUUUGAAUUAAGUAUAAGUGGAAUUUAAAAUGUUGUUUAAAGAAUAGUGCAUAUGUUUAAAGAAGACUUAGUGGCCAUUUCUAUCUGUUCAUAAUGGCUUACUUUUUGACAGGAUGACUUCAUGCACCCCAUGUCGUCACAUUGUCUAUAGAGACAGUCGCUGUAUUCAGGGUAAAGUAAAUCCAUGUAUAUAAUGAUAAACUUACAGAGCUGCACAGGCUCUGUCAAUUGCAGUGAGACACAAAUAUGUACAUAUCUUAAAACAAAAUGUAUUUAUGUACUACCCUGUUGUUUUGUUAUAUAUAUAUUUGAAACA